CCUUGCGCGCAUGCGCAAGGAGGCGGUGCCGCGCGUUGGCCGCCGGGAGUUGUAGUGCCCCUGGCGGGCGGUAAGCCCUCUGUUGUUAUGGCGAGGUGCGACAUGCCGUAAAGUGGGCUUGCUUCCGGUUGGGGCUGACGGGAGGUCCGGCGCCUCGUGUGAGGCAUCUAGGGCUCGGAGCCCGUGGAUGCCAGUUCCACCUCCAGCCCCUCCGUCGGCCCGGCCCCCCAGGGACCCGCCCGCCUCCUGCGGCCGGCACCCAGCGUCCCCAAGAUGUUCAAAAAGUUCGAUGAAAAGGAGAACGUAUCCAACUGCAUCCAGCUGAAGACAUCAGUUAUUAAAGGCAUUAAGAACCAACUGAUAGAUCAGUUUCCUGGUAUUGAACCAUGGCUUAACCAAAUUAUGCCAAAGAAAGAUCCUGUCAAAAUAGUAAGAUGUCAUGAACAUAUAGAAAUCCUCACAGUAAAUGGAGAGUUACUGUUCUUCAGGCAAAGAGAAGGGACAUUUUACCCAACGCUAAGGUUACUUCACAAAUAUCCAUUUAUUUUACCACAUCAGCAGGUUGAUAAAGGAGCCAUUAAAUUUGUACUCAGUGGAGCGAAUAUAAUGUGUCCUGGCCUGACCUCUCCUGGAGCAAAACUUUACCCUGCUGCUGCUGAAACAGUUGUUGCAAUAAUGGCAGAAGGAAAACAACAUGCACUCUGUGUUGGAGUCAUGAAGAUGUCAGCUGAGGACAUUGAGAAAGUCAACAAAGGGAUUGGCAUUGAAAAUAUCCAUUAUUUAAAUGAUGGCCUCUGGCAUAUGAAGACCUAUAAGUGAAGCAAAAGAAACUGUGUGACCCCAAAGGAAUGCACUUAGAGUAAAUGGACUGCUUUGUAAUUUCCUUUUGUUUUUAAUGUGACUGAAUGUACAAAUUUAUUUUGUUCAGUGGCUACGCUAAAUAAAUCAAGUGAAUGCUAAAGUCCUGUUAGUGGCAAUAGUUUUCUAGACUUUAUUACAGUUCUUAAGCAUUUAUCCUAAACCCAUGUUGUCAGACUGCUUGAAGAUUAUAUCUGAUGAAAAGGCAAUAUGUGAACAGUGAAUAGAACACUUCCUGCCAGGAAGAGAGAAAGCUAACAGGUGUACAAUUUUGUGCUCUCUCCUAGCACAGUAAUUUAAAUUGGAUUUAGGAUAUAUUUAAUGCUUUUGUAUAUAACAUUUCUAAAAUGUGUUAAUGCAUUUGCUUUUGAUAACAGGCAGUCUAGAAGGAUGAAAAGUCAGAAACUGUAACAAAACACAAACUGGAUGUUUCUAUGUUCCAUAUACUUUGUGUCAAACUCUAAUUUAACUUAUUGUCCAAUAGUAAUGAUUUGAAUGUCUUACUCAGCUGAGUGGCCAUUUUUUAAGAUGCAAUUAGUUUUAUGGACGAUAAAAUAAACACUGGAUUGUGAGACACUUGACAUCACCAGGAUACACAGGAUAUACUAUUCAAAUGAUUAGUUACCACAUGAUAUUGAGAUCAGUUUUUUCCCUGUAUUGAAAAUCUAUAGUAACUGGGAAAUCUUUAAAUGGCUACAGUGGUAAGCGCUAACAGAUCCUGUAACCAGAAGUUAGUAUUUCUGGGCCAAAUUUUAAAAGGGGUAUCAACUAGGCCUCCAUUUGUGCACCCUAUCACCUGCACAUGUGCUGUUACUACUAAUAAACGGGGACUGCAUGCACAGACUCAUCCUCUGUAUUUAAGUGAUUGUGCAUGCAGAAAGAAUGUUGUCGUGUGGAAACAUCUGAGGUCUCUACCACUCAUGGAAUGACCAGAGUAAUAACUCUACAUGACUCAUUGUUGGAAGGAUUUAUUAAUAUUGUAAAUCUUAUUUGUAUUUGCAGUUUUUAAUUUUGUAUCAAAUGGCUUCUGUCUCAUUCUAUGUGUGUUUUGUUUCAACAUUUUUGGAAUCUCUAAUUCAAGAACUAUUGACUUAGAAAAAUACUCUCUUCCCUUAUCCUAAAGUUUUAUUACAAAUAUGGGAUAUGAAAUAUAUUUUUCUUAACAAUAGGUAGUGCUAGCUUGAAGAUUUCUCCUCUUCACCUAACACUAAGUUAAAAAGCAUCACUUGAAAGUGACAGAAUUCUAAUGCUCCAGCUACUUAAUGCAUUAACCAAGGAAUGAAAACUAAAGUAACCAGUUUGGUGGGUACUACCCUAACAUUGUUGCACAAAGAAAGCUAUACAAAUAUCAGUGCUCACAUUUUAUUCUAAAACAGUUACGUCAGUCUUUAAACUUGGUAAUAAAACUUCUCUGAACUCACCAUUAA